AUGGAGUGGAUCAAGUCGUGUGUUAACGCUGAGGAGGAGCUGCCGAAACGAAUCGCUGCUUUGGAAGUAGGAGCCUACUAUCUGAAGCGUGGAAGCGAUGAACAACUGACUGCUGUUUUGGCUUCUUUCCUUCAAGAUGAUGCUCUGCACAUACGAGAAGAGGCUUCAUCGUUAUUAUCGAGACAUAUAUUGAAGACCAACAUAGUGCUCAAUCCUGGUGUGUGCUAUCGCUUAAUUAUCGAGAAUGAGCGUUAUGCUAAGAAUGAUCCCUCGGGGUCACAGAACGGCAACAAUGUGCUGAACGAGUCUGCUGAGGUUCUUUUUGAUGCUUGCUCAACAAAUCCUUAUGCUGAAACACGUACUUUUGGUGAAUUUUUGAUGAGGUAA